AUGUUGCCAUCGUCGCCCUCGAGUCCGUCAUCCUUCACCGAAUCUCAUUCUCCUCUCCGGCGAGCGCCAACCAACACCUCCGAUAACGACCUUGAGGAGACCGCUUCUUUGACCGCUGUGUAUUCGGCCGCUUCCUCCGUAACCUCAACCAGACCUCAUCUUCCCACCGGUCGCACUCCGUCGACUCAUUCAUUGUUGGCCGCUCACAAGAACCCUGAUGUUCGCAAAGCUGCCCAUGCUGAGACCACCAGGGCUUCUGCCGAUCGUUUUGCUAUAAGUAUGCCACCUCCCAUCACCAAAUCCAGCAAGGAUCGAAGGCUAUCCAAUUCCUUCUCUUCCUUCUCUUCGGCCCGGUCUUUCCGGAGAUCUGAGGAUGGCCCUAGGAGCCCCCCUGCUUCAGUUAAGAGCUUUGAAGGAGAAAAGCUCCCGUUCGGUGCCUCGCCGCCGGCUCAGACCCCAACCACUGCUCAUGAUCCCACCGUGGUUACAACUGCAUCCACUCCACUUACCUCCGGUUUGCAUUUGCUUUCGCCUCCCGCCUAUUCCCCAAACAUUCCUAACCAGACGAAUUUAGUGUCAGCUCUUUCUUCCCAGGGCAGUUCUCAGUCGUCCGCUCAGUCGUCCGCCCCGCAGAGCGAACCCUCGCUUCCCGCUGGCCAAUCCUUAGUGACCCCAGUUCAACCCGAUGGGACCGAGACCGCCUUGCCCACAAGAGCUCCUCGAGCCACUCAGCCUCGUUCGACUUCUUCCAAUCGCCGUCUGAGUACCACAGGAUCAGCCAGGAAUGAAAGUGUAGGGGCCGAACACAAAGCGCCUUUUGGCCGCAUUGGAGUUUGUGCUCUAGAUGUCAAGGCAAGGAGUCGACCAAGCCGACAAAUUUUAACGCGGCUGCAGGGAGAUGGCGAGUUUGACGUUAUCGUGUUUGGGGACAAGGCAAUUCUUGACGAGGACGUCGAGAACUGGCCGAUAUGCGAUUAUCUGAUAUCCUUCUUCUCGGACGGCUUCCCACUGGACAAGGCUAUUGCGUACACCAAAUUGCGCAAGCCGUUCGUGGUGAAUGAUCUCCCCAUGCAAAAGGUCCUCUGGGACAGGCGGCUCUGUCUAAAGAUCUUGGACCAAAUGCAUAUUCCAACCCCCAAGCGCAUUGAAGUUAACCGAGAUGGUGGUCCAAGAUUGGAAACCGCCGAGCUCGCGCAGCACGUCAAGGCGAAGACGGGUGUGGUUCUGGAGGGACCGGAAGACGGUACCGGUGGAGGCGCCUCUAUAACACAAAAAGUUGAACUCAUUGAUGAUGGAGACACUUUGGUCGUGGACGGCAGACACUUCAAGAAGCCCUUUGUCGAAAAGCCUGUUGACGGGGAGGAUCACAAUGUUGUCAUAUACUUUCCCAAAACACAGGACGGCGGCGCUCGACGAUUGUUUCGAAAGAUUGGAAACAAAUCCUCGGAAUACGAUCCGAGCCUGAUUGUGCCCAGGUCAAUUACCGAAGAAAAUAGCAGUUACAUCUACGAACAAUUUCUGAAGACGGAGAACUCGGAGGACGUCAAAGCAUAUACGGUUGGUUCCAAUUACUGUCAUGCCGAGACGAGAAAGUCCCCAGUUGUCGAUGGUUUGGUCCGCCGAAACACCCACGGAAAAGAACUCAGAUACGUCACUAAACUCAGCGAGACAGAAAGAGAAAUGGCUUCCAAAGUCUCACAAGCCUUUGGCCAGCGCAUUUGCGGUUUCGAUAUGUUGCGGACCGGCACUGCAAGCUACGUCAUUGACGUGAAUGGCUGGAGUUUUGUAAAGGACAACGAGGACUACUACAACGACUGCGCAAGAAUUUUGAGGGGCAUGUUCCUGGCCGAUAAGUUCAAGAAGGAGAAUCCCGUCUCAGACGAGCAGCCGUCUGACAUGGCAGGCGACGGCCCUCACCACCGUCGGCACGGAACCAAUCACCCGCACCGGUCGGCUCUCAAGACAAUUCUUAAGUCGCCUAGCAUGACAAAGUUAUCCCAGCACAUGCCAUAUCCUUCAAGACAUCAUGCCUCGAGUAUUUCAACAUCUACGAAGACAUCAGCAAUGACGACUCCAAUAAGCUCUCCUCCCAGUAUAGAGAAGGCCGUGAAUGCUAUUAUCCCUCCAGCUACUAUCGACAAUGCAGAUAUUCUUCCUCCACCGAAGCUUGGAACCUCGGCUCCAGCCAAAAUACCGGCAGAACAUGGAGCCCCCGUCAAAUUGGCCGAGCCUCCAGCGCCACUGCCAGCUUCGAAACAUUCGUGGAAGUUGAAAGGAGUGGUUACAGUUAUCAGACAUGCCGACAGAACUCCAAAGCAGAAAAUCAAGUUCACCGCCCAUUCACAAGUGUUUGCCGAUCUCCUGAAAGGGCAUCACGAAGAGGUGCUUCUCAAGGGCGAGGCAGCGCUAGCCAGCGUUGAGGCGGCGGUCAAAAUUGCCCAGAAGGAAGGUCUCGAAGAUCCCGACAAGUUGCGAAAUCUGCAAAUUGCGCUUGCCAAGAAAGGUAAACAGCCGGGGACCAAGGUUCAGAUCAAACCGAUGUUCCGAAAGAAGAAGCUUGAAGAGGUGAGGGGGACGUCAACUGAGGCGUUGAGGACUACCAGUCCUGACGGGUUGGCAGCAUCAGAAGCUAAGCACCCGCAAUUGUCGGAAUCUCCCUCCACUGAGCGAUCAGGGUCCUUCUCGGACUCCAAGAAUAUCGGUCGACUGCAGACACGGAGCGACUCGAUCUCUGGCACCACAUUUUCUCGGUUCUCGGCCGCAGAAAAUGACUUGGUUCUUGACAAGCUACAACUCGUCAUGAAGUGGGGAGGGGAGCCCACCCACUCUGCUCGGUAUCAGUCACAAGACUUGGGCACCAACAUGCGAGAUGACUUCAAACUCCUCAAUCGGGAGUUACUCGACGAUGUGCGGAUCUUUACGAGUUCCGAGAAUAGAGUCAAGACCAGCGCACAGAUCUGGGCGGCUGCCUUCCUAGAUCGCCAGGAUCUUCCAGAAGAUUUCAUCACGGUCAGGAAAGACCUUUUAGACGAUUCCAACGCUGCCAAGGACGUGAUGGACAAGGUCAAGAAGAAGCUUAAGCACCUCCUUCGAGAGGGGAGUGUCCCGGAGGAAUUCGCCUGGCCCAAAGACGUACCAGAGCCGUACGUCGUGAUGCAAACUGUUAUCGAACUACUGAGAUUCCAUCGGCGGGUGAUGCGUCACAAUUUCAAGAAGCUUGCAACAGGCGCCACCGCGUCUCUUGCCGCUCUGAAUGGCUCUGCAGAAGGUAAAGACAACAGCAACCAGCCUAAGGAGUAUAUCAGCGUCGCUUCCAUCCAAUCGAGGUGGUGCACGGGGGAGGAUUCUGAGCUGUUCAAAGAGCGCUGGGAGAAGCUGUUUUCCGAGUUCUGCGACACUGAAAAGGCUGAUCCCAGCAAGAUCUCGGAGUUGUAUGACACUAUGAAAUACGAUGCCCUUCACAACAAACAAUUCCUCGAAUGGGUCUUCACUCCUAGCCAAUCAAUACUCGAGGAAAUGGCAAAAGAGGAGAAUGUUCUUUUGACGAAUACUUCACCUGAGCCAGAGCGGACCGAUGAGAUUCCCAAUUCGGCUAGCAGUGGUCGCCAGGAAAGCAUGGUUUCAUCCUCUGCCAGCCUUCAUGAACGGCAUACCUUUGCGCAGAAGAUUGGGCUUAGACGACAAUCCAUUCUGAAGCAGCCUCUUCCCACACCCCCUCUGAUGUCGUGGGAACAGGGUGCCUCAUACUUCAAACUAUUUACUGGCUCCGGAGACAGUCGGUCUAUGUUAGAUCAAAGGCUUAGCCGUCUGAGAGAACUGUAUCGGUACAGCAAGAUUCUGUUCGACUACAUCGGGCCGCAGGAAUAUGGAAUCAGUAACGACGAAAAACUGGAGAUUGGUCUCCUGACCUCCCUUCCCCUACUCCGAGAAAUCGUCUCUGAUCUCGAAGAACUACAGGCCUCGGGCGACGCGAAGUUCUUUGUCUAUUUCACGAAGGAAUCUCACAUUUAUACGUUGCUGAACUGCAUUAUGGAGGGCGGGAUCCACACGAAGAUCAAGCGUUCGACCAUCCCCGAACUUGACUACUUGUCACAAAUCUGCUUUGAACUAUACGAAGCAAAAGAUGCUGAAACCGAUGAAUCCACAUACUCGAUCCGCAUCUCCAUCUCUCCUGGCUGUCACACCAUCGACCCUCUCGACGUAUCCCUUGACUCUAAGCACGCCAUUGGAACCGCACCGCGACGGUCGUUGACGAAUCAUCAGGAUUGGAAAGAGGUCAUUUCGACGUUGAAGGCCAAGUUCAACACGGUGCAGCUGCCCAAGUCGUUCCUGGCCGUUAAUGUGAGCUACAAGCAUGAGCAGGAAGCGCAGAGAAGGGCGAGCUUAAUGCAGAGUGAAGCGGCGCAGGAAGCGGAUGGUAAGCCUGAUGACACAGACGCGGCCGAUAUGAUGGAAGGACAGGGAACCGAUGACUUUAACGGUGCGGCUGAUGAAGCAGUACCAGUUGAGCUGGCUUCCUCCGAAACAAUAACAGACGCGGAGACGUCUGCCAGCCCUCUUCUUUGA